AUGCCUCAAUCACCAGCUUCCAGCCCUGUUCAGUCUGGAAUUGCCGAACCUAUCGUUGCUGCUUUCAUAGCUGGAGGCGUAGCGGGCGCGGUAUCCAGGACAAUUGUAUCGCCCCUCGAACGAUUGAAAAUUCUCCUUCAGAUUCAAAGUGUUGGCAGGGAGGAGUACAAAUUAUCGAUAUGGAAAGCCUUAGGCAAAAUAGGAAGAGAAGAGGGUUGGAAAGGCUUUAUGCGCGGUAACGGUACAAACUGUAUUCGCAUUAUCCCUUACUCCGCGGUCCAAUUCGGCAGCUAUAACUUCUACAAGAAGGCAAAAUCCUCACCAAAUGCGGAGUUGUCAGCGGUGCAUCGUCUGCUCUGUGGAGGUGCUGCUGGAAUCACCUCCGUGACAAUUACAUACCCUCUUGACAUUGUUAGAACCCGGCUCUCUAUUCAAUCCGCUUCAUUUGCUGGUCUCGGUCAUAGAGAAGCUGGGGAGCAUUUGCCGGGUAUGUUUACUACCAUGGUCCUGAUAUAUAGAAACGAAGGCGGCAUCGUAGGCCUAUACCGCGGCAUCAUACCCACCGUUGCUGGCGUUGCUCCUUAUGUGGGUCUCAACUUCAUGACAUAUGAAUCGGUUCGCAAAUACCUGACCCCUGAAGGUGAUACAACACCGGGAGCUCUGCGUAAAUUACUUGCUGGCGCUAUUUCAGGGGCAGUAGCACAAACAUGCACAUACCCAUUCGAUGUUCUUCGGCGGCGCUUUCAAAUAAACACGAUGUCUGGAAUGGGAUAUAAAUACACAUCAAUCAUUGAUGCCGUGAAGGCCAUUGUGGCGGAAGAGGGGUUACGUGGACUGUUCAAAGGCAUUGUCCCAAAUCUUCUCAAAGUGGCUCCUAGCAUGGCUAGUAGUUGGCUCAGCUUUGAGUUAACCCGGGACUUUUUGGGUAUCGACUUGGACCGCCACCAUGUGCGCGGCACCCAUCGCAAGGCGCCCAAGAGCGAGAACGUUUACCUGCAAGUAUUGGUGAAGCUCUAUCGAUUCCUCGCCCGUCGCACGGAAUCCAACUUCAACAAGGUUGUGUUGCGCCGUCUUUUCAUGUCCAGGAUCAACCGCCCCCCCGUUUCGCUUUCGCGCAUUGUAUCCAAUGUGUCCGAAUCUCACAAGGGCAAGACCAUCGUUGUGAUUGGUACCAUCACCGACGACAAUCGCCUGCUCACCGUACCGAAGUUGUCCGUUGCCGCUCUUCGUUUUACGGCUACUGCCAGAGCCAGAAUCGAGAAGGCCGGUGGUGAGACUCUGACUUUGGAUCAACUGGCCCUGCGUGCCCCUACCGGAGCGAAUACCCUUCUUCUCCGCGGUCCUAAGAACGCCAGGGAGGCAGUGAAGCAUUUCGGAUUCGGCCCCCACAGCCAUAAGAAGCCCUACGUGCGGAGCAAGGGACGGAAGUUCGAGAGAGCUCGUGGACGCAGAAGGUCUCGUGGUUUCAAGGUCUAA